GCGGAUGUUGUGCAGGAACGAAACGAACAAGAAGAACGUUUGAUCAAGAGAAAAGUAGAACGAGAAAAAAAAGAUGUGGCGAUGGCCACCUACCUUCAGCCUAAAACCAGCUAUAAACUCGUAUCUCAAGACCAUUUUAACCAGGAUAAGGUCAUAGUACAAGUCAAGCUAACAGAUUCGUGCCUUCGAGCUUUACAGGACUUCAAAAACGCAAAGGGACCUUCAAAAAAUACUCCAUUAAUAAAGUUUUCAGGCCAAAAUGGGACAAUCACUAUACCAAGUACAGAGAAAGAUCCGGAGAGCAACAGGCGACAGUUUACAUUUAGCUGUUCAACGCUCCAAUCGACCAACAGCCAAAGUUGUUUAGACUGCAUUCAACAGCCAGGCAGAAGUAAAGCUGUCAUGUCCCUAGGCAGUAUCACUCAUAAAAUAAAUGUUAAUGCUACAGAUGAUAGUUAUAAAAUGACACAGGACAAGAUGAAGGUGGUUGAGAAAGAGAGAAAGGAAGUCAGCACAAGAGUGAUCAAUAUGCCAAAAAAAGCCAAAACAACUCGAAAUACCACACGUCAAGUCUUGAAAACGCCAGUGUCAGUGAAGAGAAAGAUACAGAGUAUACCAAAAUUAUCAAAUAAUCCCAAACCAUCCAGUAUUGGUCCGAGUAAAUCUCUCAGGGAAAGAGUAAUUCAUCUUUUGGCUGUAAAACCUUUCAAAAAGAUAGAGUUAAUAACCAGGCUUAAAAAAGAUGGAGUUACUUUAAAAGACAAGAAUGCAUUAACAAAUAUACUAAAACAGGUGACAUCAGUCAAUAACAAUCAAUAUACCCUGCUAAAGAAAGUACAUCCUGAAAUUAAGGUUGAUACUUGGCCAUAUAGUGAAAUAGAAAGGAAAAUUGUACAAAGUUCAUUAAAUGCUAAGCCCGACAAAGAGCAAUCAUUACAGAAAAGUGAAUCAAAUGAAGUAAAAACCAAAGAAAGUAACAAGAGACAGUCUGAAUCAACUGAGUAUGGUAACCCUGCCCUUAAGAAGCAGCGGAUAUCUCACGUGGUUUCCAAUAACAAUGUUGCAAAACAUGCUCAAGAUACAGACAAACCAAUAAGUUUAUCCAAGCAAAAUUCCUCUCGGAACAAGCCUUUAGAACAGAAGAGUGAACAACAGAAUAAAGAUGCUUCAUCUUCAGUCAAACUUUUACUCAUGUCUGAAAAUGACUCUGAAGAAUGUCAGACUGACUAUAAAAAGAAAUAUCGUCCUAUAACCAAUAAUGAACAAAGGUGCUCGUAUAAAAGAGACUUCCAAGUUGAAUAUCACGAAUAUCAAAGGCUACAGAACCAGAUCAGCUCAGUAGCCAAAAAGUUCAAAGAACUUAAGGAAAACCUGAAGAAAUGUCCCGAACAAAGUGAAGAAAGAGAGAUAAUCGAGAAGCAAGUCUUAGAGCUUUAUCAAAAACAACUACAGGACCCCACGUGGGAAAGCGACAAGAAACGAGUCAAGGAUCUCCACUGUAAACUAACUUAUAUCAAAGGAUUAAUACGAGAAUAUGAUGAUAAACGGGUAGACACUGCUGCUACAUGACCUCGUACUUUAUCAAACAUUGGAUCGCAUUUAUGGGUUAAAAUUACAAAAUAUUGAUAACUAUUCGAACAAUUCCUAAUUCUUUGGCUAUGUGAUGCUUUUUGCGAAUGUUUUGAGUCCGGAGAAAGAACGGGUAGGAUGAAAGAGAGAAACUGGGAAGGAGAUCUAAUACUUCCUCCUCUCCUCCCCUCCCCUCUUAGACCUUAGCCUUUCUCCGAAAUCAAAACUGAUUGAGCCUAGAACAGUCAUAUUGUUUAUUGGAUUAGAUUAUUACUGUGAAAUUGGUUUAUGAGAUAAGUCGGACAGUCUUGUUCUAAUUCAUCGAUUUUCGGGUAUAAACUCCCAAUCCUCUUGUAGCAAGAAUAGAUUUUUCUCUCAAUUUCAGGCCUAAUAUUAGAAUGAAAGAGAUUUAAAUGUUAAUAAAUGAAAAAAGCUAAAUGAAA